CCCUCAACAAAGAUGGCGGCUCGCUGAACGGGCAUUGUAAGGUUACCGGAAGUGCCCUUUUUGAAGCAUGUCUGUGCCCUGCACUGUCACAGUGUUCGGGGUGCUUCACAACUGACCGAAAAGCGUUUAUAAAAGCAACUGGAUGUCGGAGUGACUGCGAGGAGAAGCCUGUUAUAGCAAUGUCCGUGCUCCUACGAGGCAGAAUCCUCGUACAGGCUAUCCGUCCGGCCAGCAGUGCUGCCAGCGUUCAGGUCACGCCAGCAAUUGAGGUGGACACGCAUGAAAAUGAAAUUGUAAACCCGGAAUUCACCAAUCGGAACCCUCGUAACUUGGAGAGUCUGUCACUUGCAGUUAAAGAUCGUGGCUGGGGAACGGUGUGGCCAACCAGGGCAUACUGGCAUAGGUUACGUUUGGAACGCAGUGGAUACCAUGUUACCGCAUUGGUGGAGCACACGAAUGGCAAUAUUGUGCUCUCUGCCUCUACCAAGGAAUGGGGAGUGAAGAAACAUCUCUAUAGCACAGUAGGUGCCACGGCAUGUGAGAAUGUAGGCAGAGUUAUGGCUCAGCGCUGCCUGGAAGCAGGAAUACAUUAUAUGCUCUUUCGGGAGAUUCCUUGGGUAUUUCGCAGUGAAUCGGUGCAGCAGUUUCGAAAAGCAAUGAUCGAAGGUGGAAUAUUGUUAACGGAACCCCCACGCAUUUAUCAAUAACAAUAACCAGGAAAAUUGGGUUUUACUGAAGCGAAGACUACAGUUUUUUUUUUUUUUUACUUGUGGACAAUAUACAAUCUAAUCAGCUUCAUGAACCAUUAUCUGGAUUUUCUUAUUGAAAGCCCAACUGCAGAGAGACCUUUUUUGUAUUUUUUUUUUUUU